GGACAGCUGGCAGCCAUGCGCUGGUGGGUGGUUGUGCUUUUCGUGGCAGCCGCAUGGGCUCUGGGUGCCCACAGCAAGGGGUGCAAUAAAGCACUUUGUGCCAGUGACGUCAGCAAGUGUUUGCUGCAGGAAAUGUGCCAGUGCAAAGCCAAUCGUACUCGUUGCUGUCGGCAGUGCGCGUUCUGCCUGGCUAAACUCUGGGAGCCUUGCUGUGAGUGUGUAGGUCUGUGUGAUGAACGCAUCUCAACGGCUCCCCACCCAGCUCAACGGAGUUCCAUGCACGAUUUGGUGUCUCCGGUGCCGUCUCUUUUCCGGGCCCUCCUGGCGCUCUCCAACAAUCACCCGGCUCUCGGCUGGAGCAUCGCGACUCUGCCGUUAGAAGAGGAACUUCGGCAAAACCACGUGGAUACUGGCCACCUUCUGCUGGGACCACAUACAGACCUGGCCCUCCCGGAUCCCGACACCGCCAAGGGCCCGAAUGCGACGGCGCCAGCUUGCCAGUCCAUUUACUUCAACGACUGCCUGUCCAUGAGCCGUUGCCGUGCCGCCUGCCAGUCGGUGGGCGCCUGGCGUUACCGGUGGUUUCACAGCGCCUGCUGCCAAUGCUUGGGGCCGGAUUGCCAGGGCUACGGAAGUGCCCACGCGAAUUGCUCCCGUUGCCAGGACUGAGCGGUGUUGCUUUGGCCUUCCUUGACUCGCAGAGCGUCGCGUCGCGCCCCCCCCCUCCGCUUUUCCGCCCAGCCUCCCCGGUAAAAACCGCAUUGCAGCCAUGACAGGGAGUCCUCGACUGACAAGGGAGCGCAACCUUUCCGUUGUUAAGCGAGGCGUUUGCGAAGUGUGCUUGGCCCAAUUCGACCAGCUUGUUCAGUGAACUCGCCGCGGUCGAUAAGUUAGUAACGCGGUUGUUAAGCGAAUCUUGUCAGAAGGGUUAGGGAUGACCUUGGGACACAGCCGGCGUCGUAAGUAUGAAUCGGCUGCCAAGCGUCUGAAUUUUGAUCCCAGGGUCAUGGG